AUGUACAGACAUACGAUUGGCAAGCAUCGUAAUGUCAAGUUGAAAGAGUUGAAGAAGAAUACGAUCAGUUUGGAAGACCUAAAGUUUGAUCGUCUGAACGUCAUCUCAUUCCACGCCAGCAGUGAUGAGCAUCGAAGUGGAUUCUUUAGCAAGCUCAAGGGCAAGUUGGCGCCAAAGAAGGAUGCGGCGCAAGCCCAUCCCUCGGGUGUUGGUGCGGCUGCCUCAUCCUCCGCGCCCGCCUCCGCCACCUAUGUCGCCGACCCCUCACAACAGUUGGCCAAGCAUAGAGGUGUGUGCGGUCUGACCAACCUUGGCAACACAUGCUUUAUGAACUCUGCCUUGCAGUGUCUGUCACACACAAUGCCAUUCACCGAGUUCUUCCUCUCUGGCCGCUACGUGAGUGACAUCAACAAGGUCAAUCCACUGGGCAUGAAGGGCCAGAUUGCCGAGAUCUACGGCAAGUUGAUGCGUGACAUGUGGUCGGGCUCAUCAUGUAUUGCACCCAAGAACCUCAAGUGGAUCAUUGGUCGAUAUGCGCCACAGUUCAGUGGCUACUCACAACAGGACUCUCACGAGCUCAUCUCAUUCCUGCUCGAUGGACUGCACGAGGACAUGAACAGAGUGCUCAAGAAGCCAUACAUCGAGGAGAAGGAGGACCCCAAGGAGCCAAGGGAGGACUCCAUCGUGGCAUCCGAAUACUGGGACAAUCAUCUCAGGAGGAAUCAAUCAGUUGUAGUUGAUCUGUUCCAAGGACAAUAUAAGAGUACGUUGGUGUGUAGCAAGUGCUCAAAGGUCAGCAUUACAUUCGAUCCAUUCAUGUUUGUUACAUUGCCAAUACCUAUAUCCAACGAUAGACUGUUUGAGAUAUUGCUGUAUAGGUGUAAGCCAGUUGGACCAAUUGGACCUGAUGCACAGGGCGUCUAUAGUCUAAACAAUGCAAUGGCACCAAUAAGAUAUUGUAUCAAACUGAACAGACGCGAUUAUGUCCAGACACUGAGAAUUGAGCUGUCCAUGCUGACGGGCAUCCCAUCCACCUGCAUCGCACUGGCAGAGAUUUUCAACAACAGGAUCUACACCUUCUUGAGCGAUCAGAAGUUGCUCUCAUUUAUCAAGGAGCGCGAGACACUCAUUGCCUACGAGCUGCCGCCAGGAUCGGGUGAAGAGGUGUCACGUCUACAUAUCGUGCAUCGCAGACACAAGGACCUGAUGCUCAUCCCAUUCGUCAUACUGUGCAAGUUCUCCCAAGUCACCUGCAAGGACAUCUAUCGUAUGGUUUGGGAGCGAGUUGGACAUCGAGUUAAGAAAGGAUGGCGCUCAGCCGUCCAUCGCUCAUCCAAGGAGAGCCUGGUGUCAGCGCACUCCUCAACCACCACAGCAGCACCAACAUCAACAUCUGCGACGACAACAACUACUGCAGCCAACAAACAAACAAACGGUGGUCACCAAGAUAACAAGGACAGCCCUGUUAGCACACCAGAGAACUUCUCCAAUCCAGAUGUUAGUCAGUUGGCAACGGACGAUGAUAAUAGCUCAAUCACAGACGAUGAGUCUGAGAAUGAAUAUAUGUAUCCAUUUGUAUUGAAGACCGCCAAUGGAUAUGGUAAUGUCUGUGAUCGAUGUACCAAUGGCUGCACAGGAUGCGUUAUAACGUGUGAUGGCGCGCCACUCAAGGAGGUGUUCACCAAGCCCAAGUUCUGGAGUGAAGGAUGCAACAAUAUUAUCAUCGAUUGGAGACCAGAGGCAUUGCCCUUCUUUGAGGACAGUGAAUCAUUGGACAAUCAUCACCUGGUCAAGCAGGAUCAAACUGUGGCACUCAAGACACAACGCCGAGGAGAGAUCAACCUCAACGACUGUCUCAGUCUGUUCACCAAGAACGAGAAGCUAGGUCCCAACGAUACCUGGUUCUGUCCAGGUUGCAAGCAACACAAUGAAGGAACAAAGAAACUUGAGAUCUGGAAGACACCAAGAUUCCUGAUCAUACAUCUGAAGCGUUUCCAGUACAAUCAGAGACAUGAAAAGAUCAACGCAUACAUAGACUUCCCACUGGACAAUCUGGACCUGUCAAGAUGGGUGUUGAACAAAGCCGGUAUACCUCCAAUCUAUCAACUCUACGCCGUCUCCAAUCACAUGGGUGGAAUGGGUGGAGGACAUUACACUGCCAGCGUAAAGUAUAGAGACCGAUGGUUUAUGGUCAGUGACUCCUCAUAUUAUUCAAUCAGUGAGUCAUCAGUUAGAUCGCCAGAGGCCUAUGUCCUAUUCUACGAGCUAAAGCAAGGACAAGAAGCAGCAAACGUACCUAUCCCUAUCCCAACUACGACAACAUCAUCAUCAACAUCAUCAUAA